CCUCAGCGACGCCCCCCGCGUGCCCCGGGACGGUCCCUGUGGGGCGAGCGGGGGUCCUGCGACCCCCCUUUCCCCGGCCGGGCCAGUGCCCCGGGCCCCUCCCCUGCCCCGGGUCCGUGCGCUGCGGCCGCCGGGAAGGAUGCGGCACGGAGGGCUGCCGGUGAAGCCCUGGCCCUUUGGGGUCGGAUGUGGUGCAAUGAGGAGGCCACAAGCAAAGGCUGUCUGCUAAUUGCUGCCCGAAUAUAAAUGGGAAACGAAACGGUGUUUGUGCACGGGAAAAAUAAUGUGGCUUUUCUGUGAAAAGCUUAGCGCGGCCUCCCGUUACAGGAGGUGAACGUCAAAAAGUGACGUGACUGACUGCGAAGUCAGGAACCACAUGGAGAUGUGUGAUGGAUAUAGGGGAUAGAACUGUAAAUGUCUUUAGCAGCCGUGGUGCAGGUCGAACGUGGGAAGAAGCAGCUUCCAGAAAGGACCACCUUUUGUUCUGUGCUUUGGAAAUACUGCAUGUGUGUCAGGGUUUUUUUUAAACAUACGGGGUUUGAAACAUACAGCAUUUAAACUCGAGGACUUUCUCCUGUCUUAUGCAGAGCAGAGAACCAGAGACAUUUGACAUGUUUGUCAUCUUUGAUAUAAGAGCAGAGACCACAAUGUGGCAUUCAGAAAAAAAAAACCAAAGAGAAGGAGGUCGGUAAGGGUGACAGGUUGGUUCCCUGCAGUUUUCUAUUGAGAGCACUCAUUUAUUGGGGUUUAUUCUGUUCUUUCUUCCCAGGGAAUUUGAAAUAAGCAGCAUCAGACAAACAGGUUCCACUUAACCAAAACAAUGUUUGCAGAUUUGGACUAUGAUAUUGAGGAAGAUAAGCUGGGCAUCCCCACUGUACCUGGGACAGUGACCCUGAAGAAGGACUCUCAGAACCUGAUUGGGAUCAGCAUUGGGGGAGGAGCACAGUACUGCCCCUGUCUCUAUAUUGUUCAGGUGUUUGAUAACACUCCAGCAGCCUUAGAUGGCACCGUAGCAGCUGGCGAUGAAAUCACAGGAGUGAAUGGGAAGUCUGUCAAAGGGAAGACCAAGGUGGAGGUGGCCAAGAUGAUACAGAUGGUAAAGGGAGAAGUGACUAUACACUACAACAAGCUUCAGGCUGACCCAAAGCAGGGCAAGUCUUUGGAUAUUGUAUUGAAGAAGGUAAAGCAUCGACUGGUGGAGAACAUGAGCUCAGGCACAGCGGAUGCCCUGGGGUUAAGCCGAGCCAUACUUUGCAAUGAUGGGCUAGUGAAGAGAUUAGAGGAGCUGGAGAGGACUGCAGAGUUAUACAAAGGCUUGACAGAGCACACCAAGAGUCUUCUCAGGGCUUUCUUUGAGCUGUCUCAGACACAUAGAGCAUUUGGAGAUGUUUUCUCUGUCAUUGGUGUAAGGGAGCCACAACCAGCUGCCAGUGAAGCCUUUGUGAAAUUUGCUGAUGCCCAUCGCAACAUUGAGAAGUUUGGGAUUCACCUUCUGAAAACAAUUAAGCCGAUGCUUACUGACUUGAAUACGUAUCUGAAUAAAGCCAUUCCUGACACAAGGCUGACUAUCAAAAAAUACCUGGAUGUCAAGUUUGAAUAUCUGUCUUACUGCCUGAAAGUCAAAGAGAUGGAUGAUGAAGAGUACAGCUGCAUUGCUCUGGGUGAACCCCUCUACCGGGUCAGCACUGGGAACUACGAGUACCGCCUUAUCCUGCGUUGCCGUCAGGAGGCUCGCACGCGCUUUGCCAAGAUGAGGAAGGACGUGCUGGAGAAAAUAGAGCUCCUGGACCAGAAACACGUGCAGGACAUCGUGUUCCAGCUCCAGCGUUUCGUCUCCACGAUGUCCAAGUACUACGACGACUGCUAUGCCGUGCUCCGAGAUGCAGAUGUCUUUCCCAUUGAGGUGGACCUUGCCCGCACAACUCUCAACUAUGGGCAAAAGGACACAUACACAGACGGGGCAGAAGAAGAAGGAGAAAGUGAGAGAGAGGGUAGCGGGAAGGAGGAUGCAAAUGGAGAAAAGCUCAUUGAUGAUGCCUGAGUGUGCCGGCAUGGCCAGAGGAAAGACUUUGCAGACUGUUAUGAAAACAUGUAUUUCAUGUGGCGAUUCAUCCUCUGUGAUUUCAAUGUAUGUCCAGCCUGGGAUUCCUCCUCUGCUUUGGGUGAGGGUAGCUGGUUGGAUUGGAACCAACCUCUGCUUUCCUCACUUUUCCUUUGCUUGUUUGCCUGGAUAUUCUUUUUUGCCCCCAGAGACUUCUACUACCCAACUUGGGUACCGAGGUGUGGGGAGGAAAACUCCCUACCACACUGCCAUGUGACUCUGGGCAGACAGGACUCUGCUGAGCACGUGGGAAGCACCGCUCCCCUCUGGCACAUGGAAGCCAGCUAAUGAUUUGGAGCUCUGUCCUCCCCUUGUGCUCUGGGAAGUGUUAGCAUCAGCCAUUGUUUUAUUCACCCCACCACUCGCUGUCUCUAAGCUCCUUCUAUGGAGCCACCUUAGAACUGUGAUGGAAAUAUCCCAUCCUUAAACUACAGAGGAGAGAUGGGAAGCCUUGAGGAGAGAGGAAGACAUGCACUUUAGGCAGAGGCUUUGAGAUUUUUUUAGUGCAAAGCAUUACUAGCAUGCCACCCCAUGCUCUCCUCUCUGCACAACCAUUUUGUGCUGCCUUUGGACCAGCCAUCAACAGUAGCUAACAUCCCAUUCCCCAGCACAAGGGAAGAAGGAAAAGGAAACCUGAGGUAGGUGAGGCUGCUUGUUUCCUUUUCUCUUCCCCUCCCUCCAUCCCUGUGGGCCAACCCCAGAUGCAGAUGGCACUUUCUCUGUUAGUGGGCAGCACAACUGCCAGGAGUGGUGUGCUUCUCGGGGCAAGGGUUUUGACUUCUCUGUCAUUACAUUCUAGUGGUCAUGAGAGAAGUUAUUUAAGGGCAUUAAUUUAUGAUCGAGAUGGUUUGGUUUGGUUUUUCUCUUUGAUUUGUUAUUGGAGCUUCUUCAUCUCAGCGGGUAUCUGCAAGAAAGCCAUCCAUGGUCAAGCUGCUCUAAAAAAUGUAGAUGGACUCCGGUGUACUGACUGUUGUCUCUAAUAAAGAAAAAUGUGACAUUCCA